GCCGCCAUCACGGGCGAGGCUGCCGUCGUCUGUGCGUUUACUCAAGAUAUCGAGAUAGAAGGCCCUGAAGAUAUUUGCGCCUUAGCAAUGCCAUAAGACAGGGAUGCGCAGGACAUUUGAAUCCAACAAGGGUUGAGCCUGGAUAGUACUUGGAUGGGCGACUACCAUGCAAAACAGGUCUGGGUGAACAAAAGGGAAGAGCCUGUUAACAGAAACUGGGAGUUGCGGAGCACUGGAAGGGACGUGCAGAGCCAAAGGCCAUCUUACACAAAUUCUGUCAGUCAGAGGCUUGUUGGCAUGGGCUGUUCAAGCAGCAGAGCGCUGUCUCCACGUGACUCGGCUGGCUCUCGGGACACGGCACGCAUGGACAGCCGUGGCAGCUCGGCUAGAUCGAGCCGGGAUAAUGGUCCUGCUGGUGCCACAGCGCGUCAACUCUCUCCACACGAGGAGCUCUCGAAGCGGCCGAAACUCCUGUCUUCCAACUCCGCAGCCCCUCUGCCAGCCAACAGUGGCCCAACCUUACAAAGAAGACCAGUGCCUUCUGACAAUAGCUUGCCUACCGAUGCCUCUGGGAUUGGAGAUGCAACAUUGCCAGGACAUGGAAGGAACAGAGAGAACUUGACAUCAAGCAGGAUCUAUCCUUUGAACCACAGGCCACGGACGUUUGAUUUUGAUACGGAGCAAGACAGAUUAUCUGCUCACCUGGCUCAGGGAGCACGCCCCAGGCAUGUAUAUAACAGACAUGCUACUGAAGUAAGAGAACCCAACUACAUAGAACCUGAUUAUAUGUCAAGCCCAUUACCCAGAGGCUACAGAGAACGAUCGUAUGCAUUUCUGUCACGGAGGCAAACCAGUAUGAAUCGAGGUACCAAUGAAACCCGCACGGCACGCACAGGAAAUGACCCUGAGGAGCUUUCAUCAGUACGCCGUUCAUGGGUGCCAUACUCUAUACCUUCAAGCUCCCAUCAAGGAUCGGAAUGCUUGCUCCCUCAUAUGUCUGUAUCGGCUGCAAGCAGCAGGCAGUCUUCUGAGGUUGGGCAUGCACAGGACAUAAAUGCAGGGGCAUCGGCAUCAUCACGUCGCAACCCUUCUGGAGACGAACCCGCAUUUUCUUACUUUAGCAGGGAGCCCCAUACAGAAGAAGGGAUUGAUUUAUCUCGAGAGAAUUGGAAUGAGAGUGGGCUGCGCAGAAGAACAACUAGUAGUAGGUCGGUACCACAAAAUGCUGCUCCUGAAAUAGAGGGACUAAGUGGUUUCGCAGAUUCAAAUUUACCUAGCCGUUGGGCAAGUACAAGGUUAUCAGCAGCCCGAGAUAUUAUGCAUGACAUGGAAAGGUCAGGUGUUUCUCUAAGAUUGAGUGAUUUAAGGAGAAGAUUGCUGACGACUUCUGGAGGUGUGGGAUUAGGAAGAGGAGAAAAUGUGUCAAAUCCAUACCAAAAUGUUUCUUCUUUAAGGACUACUGUUAACAAUUUGAGAGCUGAUAGGCAACCAGACAGACAGCCAGACCCUGUCCAACAGACUGGCUUCACAAGAUUUGGAGCAAGGAGAGGAACUAAUUCCCGCUCGACAGUUGAAAUGCCUGCAUCGGAAACAGAAGGCAUUAAUAUCCAAAGUUCCUGGCCUGAAGGCAAUGUGCAAAAUGGGAAUGUGGCACAAAAUGAGAAUUUACGAUCAAAUAUGUCUCCAUACUUGAGGGAUGCAAGUCCAGUGCAACGGUGCAUGAGUAGGGGCAGAAGGGUUCCUAGAGAAGAAUCUUCAAGACCAGCUACUUAUUCAUACUUCCCAAAUCUGGGCUUUGAGUCUCCAAUAAGGCAAUGGCAAGAAAAUACAGAUGAUCUUCAAAGACAACGUGCCGAUUCCCCCUAUGUUAACACCUUUUCUUUCAAUAAUACACUUCCAUAUCGUGCAUAUUCAGCACCACAUGACACUUCUGAUUCCUUUGAAAUGGAUCUUACCUACAUCCUAGAUGGGGCAUCUGACUCGAGUUCCAGUGCAUCAGGCAGACUACAGAGCAAUGAGAGCAUCGGUACUAGUAGUGCUGGCAGCAGCUCUUCGGGGCCAUCCCAAAGUAGCCCAGUUUCGACAGCAUCUCGCACGAGUCGGGAUGACGAGGUGCGCGUUCUGGGAGUCGUCCCGGGCUCCAGCUCCCUGCUUUUCUCCUUGUCUGACCGGAGAGCUGGAUUUGAAGCCGUCGCUGAGGACAAUGUCACCUCAACAGCUACAGCUCGCCACAGACGUACAGUGGGUACUUCUCAGCCAGUCACAUCCCGACUGGGUACACAUGAAAUGUCAUCUGCCCAGCUUCUGCCCUCUCGUGAUCCUGAAAGGCUCCGGCAAAUACAAGAAAGACUGCUGAUGGAGGACUCUGAUGAGGAAGAAGGAGACAUCUGCCGCAUCUGCCAGAUGAGUGCCGUGGCUCCAGGCAACCUGCUCGUUGUCCCCUGUAGCUGUACAGGCAGCCUGCAGUAUGUCCACCAGGACUGCAUGCGGCGCUGGCUUGAGGCCAAGAUUAAGUCUGGUGCCGAGCUGUCGGCAGUGCUGCACUGUGAGCUGUGCAAGCAACUACUACGUUUUGAGGUGGAGGGGUUCGACAUACAUCAGCUCUAUCAAGAGCACUCUGCCAAUCAGGCCCAAAGUGACUUUGUUCACUCGGGGUUAUACCUCGUACUGUUGCUACAUCUUUGCGAACAGAGAUUCAAUGACAUCUUGCGGAACCCUCGCGCUAACCGGUUAUUCCAUCUGACAAGGUUGUUUCCACGGCUUCAGCAGGAUGACCAUGAAAGCUCUGAUGAUGAUGGUGAUGACGACGAGGAUGAUGAAUUCCAGGCUUUCAGAACUAUCCUGCAGGAUGGAACCAUUUUGAUUGCACGAAGCCGACGGCACCGAGAUGUGUGAGGGAAAGUGCUGCACAUUUGGAAUCGGAGCUGCUUGGCACGGCUAAUGUACGUAGAUAAGGAACUAGUGAUUGACAGAGCAAUGACGUAGGAUUUUAUUAUCAUGUCAAGUUAGUGGUUUAUGGUAGUCGAUCAAAGCUCUACCUCUUUGUUUUGCUAUCUCUUUAUUUUAAUCUAAAGUGACCGACUGCCUUAGCAAAUUUUUUUGCCACCAAAUGAAAAGCAUUAAUUCAAUGGAAACACUCUAUUCUUUACACCAGCCUAAAGUGUGUAAUUCUUAGUGACUGGCAUAUAUAAUAGCACAUGCUAAUGGACCAUAUUAGUAUGCUUCAAUAAAUACUGCAUUUUGGCUGCCUUGCCCUGUAACAUCAUGAGGCAUUAAUUAUGACAGUGGGUCUGGUUCUGCUUUUUUUCUUGCAGGCUUUAUUUUUGCUUAAUUCGCUCUGAAACAUAUCUUUAAAAGCCUUUUAAUUUGCAUAUGUUUGGAUUUUUAGGAUAAUUUGUUUGAAAGAUAAUUGUUUCCAUUCAAUUGUGUAUGAUCUAUGUAUGGAUGCAUAUUAAUAUAUUGUGAAUGGUGCAAAUGCAGAAUAGUUGUAAACAAACAUUUGUAACAAAUCUGUAAAAUGUUUGGUUUAUAAAAGAGUUAAUUCUGCACUACUGAACUUGUAAAUGUAUUUCUAUGUGAAACAUGCUGAAUAGCAGAGGCUUGUUUAAAAUGCAACGUUUUCAACAUCAGAAAUGCGGUAUCAUUUCACCUUUUUAUUUCCAUACAAAUGUUUUUUGUGGUAUGCAGAAAGAGGGAAGACUAGUGUCAUGGUUAUACCUUUUUGUUUUCAGAAAAACCAUACACUUUUUGUGCAUGUGUUAAAGAUUUAUAAUUUUUGUUCGGAAUGUGUGAUCCAUAUGUUCAGGGUCUCUGCACAUGUGCACGUAGGAUCGAGUGCACUUGUGUUAUUGUGGGUUUUUAUGUUGGGUAAUUUUUGUUGCGUACCAAAUGUAUGUUUACACUUUAUUUGCAGUUACUUGCCUGCUUUAUUCCUUGUAUCUGUCUCAUGGAUGUUGAUUUUAAAAUGCAAUAAAACUAUGGAAUAUGUGUA